AUGAACAGUCACAGCAGCUAUGAUAACAGCAGAAGCACACGAAGACGAUGACUCGCUAUCGUACUCGCUAAACUAACGUAGGCCGCGGGUCGUGCAGGCAAUUGUUGUCAAAUAGUGUACUCAUAUUACCGCCGCUACUGCUGAUUUUCGAACGCGCUCUCAGAAGCGCGGAUCCGUCGACAGCGAAAAUAGUGUUGGACUGGUGGCGUACAAUUUGUGGCAGAUUUGCGGUUUUCCACGCGGCCGAGCCGUGUAGCUGUCAUCCGCCGUGAAACUGGUGCAAUUAUCAGUGCCGGCAGUACCGUCUCUAUUAUUUGUCAGCGCUCGCAGAACUCGUGGAGCCCGACAGGCAGCCGACGACAAUAGCACUGCGCGAAUCUAUCGAACAUAGUUACGCGUUGCGAAACGAAGUCGGGGCAACGAAGUAGAAUGACGGGGGACUUUUUCCUAAGUCGGGUGUGUCCGCCUACCCGAUUCUGCCGAGGACAUACCUGACUGAACGGCGUGUCUGCGACGUGACAAGUAACAUACAAUGAUGUCGACUCUAGGGGUGGUGAGGCUUCUAGCGGUGGCCUGUCGGCUGUUACCCCAGUCGUUCCUAGUGAGAAGCGUACAGCUGAUGCUAACGGUGCUGGAGCCGUAACGGAGACGAGGCGGUACGAAGGAUGCAGAAAUAUGUGCAGUGUGUGGCAAGACCGCUUGACAUCUGGCCAGCAUUGCGGUUUUAUUAUUAGUGGAUAAUUAUGAGUGGUGCAGUGAUAGCGUUACUGUGCGUAUAAACUGCUAGCGGGUAGCUGGCGCACGUUGUCGUCUUGCCGCUUCUUUUUUUUUUACCAUGACUUAUUAUAACUGCCUCUACAACGACGAAACCUAUGUGUCUUGAUUCUCUCUCACUUUUUCUCACUCACUCUCUCUCUCUCUCUAUAUAUAUAUACACCGAUGAGCAGUGCGAUCAGGCGGCAUAAAUGUUACCGACUCAGAAAAGCUCUACGUAGAGGUUGUCGUGCGUUUUCGAAUGGACGGAACUUUGAGAAAAUUCGCGCAGCAGAAAGACAGGCACGCAGUAUGAAAAUUACGCACAGAAAAAUGUUAUUUAUUUUCCCAUUGGUGCAGUGGCCGAAUCACGUUGCAGUAUAAUUAAUAGGAACAAGAUAAUUAUUAAUUAUUGCUGCUAAUCAUUAUUCAUCUGUGAUCAGCUAUCCAUCAAAGUGGAAAGUUGUUUCGUCAUCAAUAUUGGAUAUACAUAUACUAAGGAAUAGAAACAAAAAAGAGGCAAGGAUAAUAUCGCGUUUCGGUUAAUCGAGAGUUGGAAUGGAACGCUUCUGGAAGACGAUUAUAUAAAGCCAGUAGACUGCUCGUUGCGUCAAAAAAGCGUCCGAUAUUACAAAUCGACGAUGAAAGAGAAACGCCUGCUUCUUUACUAUCUGUAAGCUUGAUUGAGACCCCUCAGAGCCCCAAUGGCUGAGGAACGUCUCGAGCUCCAUGGGCCCAGUAUCUCGGCAACUCCAGUCACUUAUUACGGCUCCCUAGAAAGGUGUACCGAAAAUAGGUCCGCACCAACAGGCAACAGAGGUCAACUAACGGCGGGCGGAGGUGGAGACGAUGAUCGCUGCGCCCUCUUGCCACAUUCAACUGGACCUUCGGGAUGCAAUUCGGCAAGUGGCCACCCGAUGGCGCUUAAGUCAAAGUAUGGCGACUUAUCGAACGUAGGCGAUUUGAAAACCGCGCGCAUCAAUCAUCGACAGGACAGUCAAAGCCCACCGUUUACUGAUGACAACGACUCUUCGCCAAGCGAUAAAGGUCUACAAAGACCAAUACACAGGAACGUCUUUCGUGACGGGGCCACUAAAAUUGACUAUGUGUUGGUGUAUGAGGAAGUCGUUGAUCAGAAUGCCUCGUCAAACACCGCCAGUAACAAAGCCACAACAAAAAUGGCAUCGAAUAGUGCCGAGGAGACGGGUAAACAGUCACGAAAAGCUCGUAAAGCAGAAAGCUGGCGGGAUUCGUUUCUUCAGAAUCUGGAAUUAGCUGGCUUAUACAUCGAGGAGGAGGUUGUGGAGGUUUUGGGGGAACGCAAAAAGCUGCACUUUAUUAAACUGUCAGCACCGUGGGAAGUCCUCGUAGACUAUGCUGAAGCAUUGUGCUUUCGGGCACCUUUGCAAAUAGACACUCAGUCGAUGACGAAACCGAAAUGGCCAGAGCGUCCUCUGGGUAACUACCUGCAAGCGCUAAACAUUUUCGACCAGGAGGUGCCAAACGAACCUAUCGACUAUUAUACUUGUCCAUUUAAAAAGGCCAAACUUGUUAGGUUCAGAUUUUUAGGCAGUAGUAAUCAUGACGAAUACUUCACAACGACGCAGCGUAUUAGAAUUGUCCAUGAGAUCCUACAGAAGACUGAAUUUGGUCGUCGACGGAAAGCUCAUAUCGGUCUUGAUCGCCUUCUCGAAGAAUCUAUCUUCACAGCUGCUUACCCGUUGCACGAGGGCUGUCACAAACCACCCGAAGACUUACUUCCGCGAGAGUAUUCACGUCGGCAGGUGCUAUUCGAGUUCUGGGUCCGAUGGGGUCGGUGGUACAAAUUCCAGCCACUCAAUCAUAUCCGCGAAUACUUUGGUGAAAAGAUCGCCAUUUACUUUGCUUGGUUAGGUCUUUACACCGCUUGGCUAUUGCCUGCCGCCGGAGUCGGUAUCCUCGUGUUCAUAUACGGUAUCGUCAAUGUUGCCACAGACAAGCCGACUGCGGAGCUUUGCGCGAGUGAUUAUAUAUACCGAAUGUGCCCUCGCUGCGAGGAACGUUACGGCUGCGACUUCUGGUAUCUUUCGGAAAUUUGUAUUUUCACUAAGCUUACGUACCUCUUCGACCAUCCGGGAACUGUCUUCUAUUCGUGUUUUCUUUCGUUUUGGGCUGUAACUUUCCUUGAGUACUGGAAGCGUCAAUGUUCGCGCCUAGCGCACCAGUGGGAUUGCAUGGACUAUGAGGAAGAAGAGGAACCGCCUCGACCCGAAUUUGCCGCUAAAGCGUACUCCGAAGCGCGCAAUCCGGUCACGGGUCAACGGGAGCCCUCGUUCCCGCACUGGAUUCGCAUGCAACGCAUCGUUGCCGGCAUCGCCAUCCUUAUUUUAAUGAUAUCUCUAGUUUUGGUCUUCAUGGUCUCGGUCAUCAUCUACCGGGUUCUCAUCUCGAUUCCGCUGUUUCGGUCGACACAACUGAAGGGCUUUGCUUCAGUGAUUGCGUCUUCCUCAGGAGCGUUCGUUAACCUGAUCUUCAUUAUGAUCCUUGAAAGGAUCUAUCGAAAGCUUGCCUACAAACUCACCCAAUGGGAGAUGCAUCGCACACAGACGGAAUUUGACAAUAACCUUACCUUUAAGGUGUUCAUGUUUCAGUUUGUAAAUUACUAUUCAUCGAUAUUCUACAUCGCCUUUUUCAAAGGUCGUUUUGUGGGCUACCCAGGCCAUUAUACUAAAAUGUUAGGCCUACGCAACGAAGAGUGUUCGGGCAGUGAUUGCUUGUCUGAGCUUGCUCAACAACUAGCUGUCAUUAUGAUCGGUAAACAGACAAUCAACAAUGCACAGGAAAUACUCCUCCCCAAAUUGCAAAACUGGUGGAGUCGCAAAAAGACGCAGUUCCACGAGGACGGCAAAUUGACGCAAUGGGAAGAGGAUUACACGCUGUCGCCAAAUGAAGGACUCUUUCAAGAGUACCUCGAAAUGGUGUUACAAUUUGGCUUUAUCACGAUAUUCGUGGCCGCAUUUCCACUGGCUCCACUCUUCGCGCUGCUCAAUAACUGGAUAGAAAUAAGGCUAGAUGCACAUAAGUUCGUCUGUGAAACACGGCGUAGCGUACCCGAACGUGCCCAGAACAUUGGGAUUUGGUUUUCGAUACUCGAGUUACUCUCCCGUGUGGCUGUCAUCAGCAAUGCGUUUCUAAUCGCGUUUACAUCGGACUUUCUUCCACGGAUGUUGUAUAUGUAUAGCUACGAUCAUGGCUCUCUAGAAGGUUAUCUUAAUUUUACACUGAGCGUAGCGCCAGAUGGAGCACAUUCACAGAGUUGCCGAUACAGAGACUUCCGCGACUCACAAGGGGUCCACACUACCUUCUUUUGGAAGCUGUUGGCUGCACGAUUUGCCUUUGUACUAAUCUUCGAGCAUGUCGUCUUUGCAAUUUGCCACAUAAUUGACCUACUGGUACCGGAUGUGCCCCAGGACGUUACCAUCAAAGUGAAACGAGAGCGUUACCUUGCUAAACAGGCUUUCACCGAUUCAGAACACAUCCUCAAGAUCGUUAGAAAUGAAGAUGCAUUUGAUGAGGAGGAAGGAGCGACGUCUCGAGGUGCUGCCUACACCAACGAAACUAGUUUUGAUUUCCGGAUGAAUCUGCCUGAGUCAGGUGAAUUAGCCAAUUCGGGUUAGAGUGAUGAUUAAUCCAUGAUAAUAUUUGUAGCAGAUACUUUCUCUGUGAAGCCGAACAUAGUAACGGACGCGAUUCCAACGUUUAAAAGCGUAACUCAAAAAAUUCAUCGAUCGCCCGUAGCAGAUGUGUACGUAGAUCCAGUACGUAGAGGGGACGAUCUUGCUGGUGAUAUGCCUCUUGCUCAAAAGGCAACUUACCUAUGAUAACAACCUAUGUGAAACGUGGUAAUAUUUGAUCGAGAAAAAAAAAAUAAAGACAUUUGCCUGAUAUAUGAAUUAUUUAAACCGAAAAGCGUACGAUCGAAGAGAAAGGAAUAUUGUACAUCGAUAACAGACAGGUCACUGACACGACAGUCUUUUCCCUAUUACUACUCUCUACAUUAACCGCUUUUAGGCUUGUAGGGGACAAUUGAUACUGGCACGUUCUGGAAAGUUUAUGGCGCUGUACUUCGGGAUCAUAGCAUAAUUUUCGGGGUUAUCGAGCAUAGACGGAAAUCAUCGCGCCACACAACCAGUGAAUAUUAUUAAUAAAUGAUUCCAUCGGGAAUUGCUUCAACCAUAUCAACAGGGAUUUGAUUUCACAUAUAUAUGUUGACAUUUUCUGGAGAAGCGUCUCGCCUUAUAGAAAGCUGUACGGUUAUGCGCCAAUGACCAUCUGCGUGGGCGCUAUCUUCAAUGGGGUAUCUACAUCGUGAUAAUUAUAAUAAUCGUGUAUAUAAAUAAGGGUCGAAAGUCUAUUAUUAUACACCGUAUAUUGUAUGAAACAUUACAUACAUACGUGGAAAAUUUAUCGGAAAAAACUAUCUUCCUCUAUGUUAUAACAGAAAACGACGACAGCAAGCUCGCGCCUCAGUUAUGAACAAUUUCAAUCGGAAUAACUAGCGAUAAAAGCGUGAUAUGAAAUGUUUUGCGGCACGUUGCGAUCUCUUCAACAAAUUUACGUUGUUAUUACUAUUGUCAAUGGUAGUUGUUAUUGUUGACGUUUAUUGUAUAUAUGGCUGUAUUAGGUUGAACGCGUUGAAUGUUCUAGAUGGGGCAUCCAGCAAUCCUACAACCGAUAGAGUAGGAACUUUGCUCAUUUGAAAAGUCAAGCACAGAUCUACAUUAUAUGGCUAUAAUGUAUUCGUGCUACCUGUGCACAUAGAGAAGUUAAGCGUUACCAAAUGUGGCCGCCUAUCAAAGGCAACGUAUCUGCUGUCUAGUUACCGGUCGAUUCAUUAAUGGAAAGGUCUACAAACAACGAAUCAUCGGCCAUCCACAUUGCUCUGUCAGUUAGGUUUAUUAAUAAAUAUAUGUAAAUAGGUCAGUUUAUUAAUAAAUAGUUCCACCAUUUGAAAAGUACAAUUAUUGACUUUACGUGACCAAUGUAUGCUUUUAUAGAGCUGCAUUCAGUUAUUUGUAGCAUGGACUGUCCUACAUGUGAUGCGAAAUAAUUUCUCUUAACUAAAUUUCGCUUAUGGACAACGUUUGGGCCGCUAGGCGGUUAAAGCCAUCUUAUUAAUUAGUCUCGCUCCAUCUCGAUGGGAAACGUGGUGUAUGGGUCCAAGACGUUUCGUGUUAAGUUCUUCAACCGCUUGUCAUGGGCGUUGAAUCCGAACUUCUGAGAACUGAAUAAUACUCAAAAGUGUAUGCGAGUCCAGUUGCAGAUAGUAAAACAGACGUACGAUGCCUAGACAACAAAAAAACACUAGAAAACUGGUUGUAUGAUGCGGUCAAUAUUUGACGCCAGCUAUACUAAUAUUAAUGUUAAGCCUGGCCUCAUUUCAACUUGUCUUAUAACAUGUAGUCUUGUCAGCGCGCAUCUUUAAGAAAAUCAGAAUGGUGAAAUAUGCAGCUUAUUAAACAGCAGAUAUUUUUAGAACGGGUCGUUACGAGUGGGCCGUUUGUUGACUGGCUGCGAUGAUGGGGUGUAGAGGAUUACGAGUCUCCACACUGACAAAAUAGUUAUCUAGCUGAAACGUACAACUGUUCUGCUUAUAUAGCGCUGUACGACCACAGCUCUGAACCGUAGAGAGACUGCGCUGCAUCAUAUCUACGACUUGGUCGUAUCAAUUCAACGUUUGUUGUUAUUCAUUUAGUGGCUAGUUUCGAGGAGAUGCUGUAGACGGCUCUGGCAUCUGAUAGUAGCGUUACUGCUCUACUUCGAAUAAGACGAAUUGGGAUUGGUUUCAUUUUGUAUCAUGUGAAAGGACGAAACCUAUACGGCAGCACAAUGUCUUUCCUCUAUUCCUAAACCUUUUCGUCUAUAGAACGAUAACUAUGGAAGUGAAAGCUGAAGCCAGAUGUUUGCUGGCCUAAUAACUAGGCACAGUGGCGAUGAUAAUCUAAGUCUGAUACAGCUAUUCAUUUCAGUGUGGACGUACGAGAUCUACUCAGUAAAGACGCUACUCAGCAAUGAUUGAUCAUGGAAACUAUAGAUCGAUAACUUUUAGUUACUCACGUUAUUCUAGAAAAUCGACUGAGGACGCAGUAUGUUAUGUGAUGAGGAAGUAAGCAUUAAAGUAACCUUCAAAUACACGCGUGAUAAUUGGAAAUGUACAAUGGAUGCAAGUUCCAAGAAGUAUACAGUAGAAUAGAUAAAUAGAUUAAUCCGUUCGUAAACUUUUUUUUUUUCAAUUAAUCAUCACCAUUUUCUGAAUCGCUCAUCUUUUUUUGACCUACAUUGAACUAAUAGUAGUUUUUCGGACGUCACCCGGAUCGUCGUUACACAGUACUGCAAUGUUUACCAUAUAUAUUCAAUGGGAGGUACAACAGAAUUUGUAGGAUUGCCUAUCUCGCCUAAAAAUCAUUCCAACUACUGCUAUAUACAUAGUAAUACGAAUCAGUGAUUUUACUGCAUCGGCUAUUAUCAUUGCGAUUUUAAAAAUUCAUUAGAUAACAUUAUAUAUGUCUAUAAGCUUCUUCAUUCUUAUGAAAGGCUAGUUAGUGCUUGUGUGUGGCAUGAUAUAAUUAGUCCAGUGUUUAGGUUGCUUUUGCUAACUGUCGACAAUGGCGCCCAUGUUUAAACGUAGACUCAAAUAGGGUCUUCGAUAUAUUGUAAGGGUCAGUAGAAUAAAAAAUUAAGUCUCGGUAUAUUCGUUGGUACGUUCUGAUUUCGGUGGCUGAAAUCAUUCAUUUAUGUUUUGCUUAAUUCCCUUCUUCCUCUGGAAUUUAACAUUAUUCUAACAUAGUAUUAACUGUAAUUCAGCUACAGUGCUUCUAUAUUAAGAAGGUCGGUAUAGUACGAUCAUUUUCUCAGAGUCGUCUCUUUGAGGACCUAUAAACAGUCGGAAGGAUGAUGCAACUCUAUUGUACCCACAUUGCAAUAUAAUUCUACCUUAUAGCUUCAUGUGUUUUCUUCUUUAUGGGAGAUGCACUUUUGCUACCUGAAAAAAAGUGGACGAUGAUGAUCGUUUGCUUCUCGCAAAGAAGUAAGCUACUGUUUCUUUAACACAGACCAGGUUACGUCACCGCCAAAUGCUCCGCACAACUUCCCGCCCAUUUAAACUUCAUCGCUGUAUGUUCUUGCUAGCAAUGAACUGUGAGAAGUAAACCGAAAGCAGUCAUGGUAAUAAAAAAAACAUCAUAUAAAAUAUAUAGGAAAAGGGAGAACAUCGUGAUUUGGCUAUCUGUCUACACAAGCGUGUGACAACAAAAAUAUUACGAUACCAUAGGAAAUAGAGAUAUAAACGAUAAGCUAUUCAUAUCAAAAAAAAAAAAAAAAAAAACUGUCGCGGUAAUCAUGGUUUGUUAACGAUUUGAAUGUUAAGCAAGUAAAGCUACGAAUCCCUAGCAAAAUAUGCGCUUGGCUGAAAUGAGGAAAAUGCAUAAAAAAUCAUGACAUUUGUCUUUCUCAAUGGAUU